AGUCAGCCUCCCUUCCCCAGCUUGAUUCAAUGAAACGGUCUGCCAGAGGGAGCGAGCGAGCGCGCGUUCCUGCGCUGAGAGAUCAGGAAUUCACCGGAUGAUCUCUGCUUAUUAUUAUUGUUAUUAUUAGCAGCGGUGUUAUUUAUUGCACUGUAACUUUUGGAAAGGCUGCUGCUGCCUGCCUAUCUCAUUUAUUUGCAAAAAUGCCGGAGGUGAUCUCUGUCAGGGAGUUCAUUGACGAGACCCAUGAAGAUUACAAGUCUCCCACAACCUCGUCCUUCACCACGAAGAUGGCAAGCUGCAGGAACACAGUCAACAACAUUGAGGAGGCCUUAGAUUCGGACAGAGCUGUACUGCAGAAGAUGAAGAAAGCAGCAAAAGCCAAGCAUACCUCAGGUCAAGACCACAUCUCCCAUCUCGAAACCUAUAUCACGUCGAUGGAGAAGCUGGCGGUUAAUUUCACAAACAAUGGAGAAGAGGAACUGGCUGCAAGCUUCAACAAGUUUGCAGAGUUUUCCAAAGAGCUGCUGACCCCCAUGAAAAACCUGUUACAGAGCAUGUAUCACAACCUGAACUUCUUCCUGGAUUCGCUGGUCAAGGGGGAUCUGAAGGAGGUGAAAGGGGAUUUGAAAAAGCCUUUUGACAGAUCGUGGAAGGAUUAUGAAAGCAAGUUCACGAAGAUCGAGAAGGAGAAGCGCGAGCUGGCGAAGCAGUACGGCAUGGUGCGGACCGAGGUGAGCGGCGGGGAGAUCGCAGAGGAGCUCGAGAAAGAGCGCAGAAUGUUCCAGCUGCAGAUGUGCGAGUACUUAAUCAAAGUGAACGAGAUCAAGACAAAGAAAGGAGUGGACCUCUUGCAGAAUCUCAUAAAGCACUAUCACUCCCAGUGCAAUUUCUUUCAGGAAUGUUUAGCAACCACAGAGAAGCUGAAGCUGUACAUAGAAGUUCUACUUUCAGAGCUGACUGGAAUCAAGCAGAGGCAGGACGAGGAGAAGAAGCAGUUGUGUUCUCUCCGGGACCAGCUGAGACCAGCACUGCAGCUCGACCAGAAAGAGUCCCUGAGCCGGCAGACUGUGUACAGCAUGCAUCAGCUGCAGGGGAACAAGCAGUAUGGCACGGAGAAGUCGGGGUGCCUCUACAAGAAGAGUGAUGGGUUGCGUAAAGUUUGGCAGAAGAGGAAGUGUGCGGUGCAGAACUGCUACCUGACUAUAGCACAUGGAACACCAAACAGACCCCCUGCUAAGCUAAAUCUUCUAACCUGUCAAAUGAAACCAAGUCUGGAGGACAAGAAGUGCUUUGAUCUCAUCUCACAUAAUCGCACAUAUCACUUUCUAGCGGAGGAUGAGCUGGAGUGUACCGCGUGGAUCUCCGUCCUGACCAACAGCAAGCAGGAGGCCUUGAACGUGGCCCUGGAUGAGAAGAGGCCGAGCGGGGAGAACAGCAUCGAGGAUCUAACCAAGGCCAUCAUCGAGGACGUCAAGCGCAUGCCAGGGAACCAUGUCUGCUGUGACUGCGGGGCUUCAGAUCCCACCUGGCUCUCUACCAACCUGGGGAUCCUGACCUGUAUCGAGUGCUCCGGGAUCCACCGGGAGAUGGGCGUGCACUUCUCUCGCAUCCAGUCCCUCGCGCUCGACAAACUGGGGACCUCGGAGCUGCUGCUGGCCAAGAACGUUGGAAACUCUGGGUUUAAUGAGAUUGUGGAAGCCAGCCUACCCAGCCCAGCAUGCAAGCCGUCUACAGAAAGUAACAUGACUGCACGGAAAGAUUUCAUCAUUGCCAAGUACAUGGAGAAACGGUUCGCUAAGAAGGGCGGGGGCAGCCCUACGUCUCUGCGGAAGGAGCUGCUGGGAGGUGUGAAGAAUAAGGACGUGUUCACGCUGCUGCAUGUGUACGCAGAGGGGCUGGAUCUCAGUGACCCCCUUCCUAUCCCUGCUCAGGAGCAAGGGGAAACAGCUCUCCAUCUCGCUGUGCUGCUGUCUGAUCGCACCACCCUGCACAUGGUGGACUUCCUUGUGCAAAACUGUAACAACCUGGAUAGGCAGACUGUCCGGGGGAGCACUGCCCUUCAUUACUGCUGCCUGCACAACAAAACAGAAUGUCUCAAACUGCUGCUCCGCGCAAAGGCCAACACUCACAUCAAAAAUGAAAAAGGAGAGACUGGACUGGAUGUAGCUCGGAGAUUAGGAAACUCUCACUGUGAAGAACUGAUUAACCAAGCGCAGUGCAACCUGUUCAACAUGCAUGUGCACGUGGAGUACGAGUGGAGCCUGCGUCAGGAGGACAUGUACGAGAGUGACGAUGAUCUGGAUGAGAAGUUAGGGCCUGUGAAGAAGGACCGCUCCUUCCGGCCCUACAGCCUGUACCAGGCCCCCUGCAGCUCCUCCCAGGACCGGGGAGCCAGUCACCCCGGGGUGGGGAGACGCCUGGCCGCGCUGCCCCAGGACCACCGACGCGACACCUACGCCACCCCCACCAACCAGAGCCGCAGCCUGGACUCCUCCCAGACCACACCCCCGGGCUGCAAAGCCCCACCCCUGCCCCCCCGACUCUCCAUCAGAGCUCCCAACGUGCCCCCUCCUCCUCCUCCUCCUCACAUUAGCCCCCCCGUAGCUGGCUGUAACAGCAUGUCCAUGAAGAAGAGGACCCCCCCACCCCCAUUAGUCAUCAGACACAAGCGCACCCUGUCCGAGCCCAGCCCCCAGGUGCCACUCAGCCCCCUGAGCCAGCGCCACAUCUCCCCGGAUUACGCCUCCCCUGUGGUGUCUCGAGGUCUGAGCGGACCAGAGAGUGGCUACCAGAAACCUGUGUUAGCGUCACCGAAAUACACGGUGUUUCCUCUUAACUCACUGCCUGAGCUGCCAGAGAAAGGAGUCCCUAAUAACCCGGAGGCCUUUAGCAACUCGUCCUUUCGGAUCUACCAGCCCCCGCAGCCCAGCGGGAGGUCUUUACAGCCAGACUCUCCAUCGGCAAGGUCCUCCACCUCCGACGCGAAUGGAGCCAAACCUGCUCCACAAGGAUCCGCUCCCCACCCGCUCCCCAGGAGGACAGUGGGCAAGCCCAGGAUACGGAGAGUGAAGGCAAUCUAUGACUGCAUCGCAGACCAUCAUGAUGAGCUGACAUUCAAGGAAGGAGAGAUCAUUGUGGUGACUGGAGAGGAUGACGCAGACUGGUGGAUGGGCUACAUCGAGGGGCAGCAGCCUCAGAAGAAAGGGCUCUUCCCGGCCUCGUUUGUUCACAUCCUCUCUGACUAGUGACCAAAGCCAGGCAGAGAUCAACGUACAGGACAUGCAGCAGCACAACUACGUGGAGAUACUGAGUCUUUGCAACGUGUAUGGCUCAUGUGCAGGCCAGCAGUAUAUGGUUAAUCAGGUUAAAUAAGUACUAUAAGAAUCUGGGUGCAGUGUAACCCAUGCUACAUGUGCGCAUUGCCUUUGCCUAAUCAUUGUGAUCUCUUAGGUUUUGAGAUCAACCAGCUGUUAGGAAGCGAUCGAGCACUGAUGAGCUGAGUGGCCUCCUCUCGUUUUGUAAAUGUUCACCUCUGCGCAGUAACAAAGCACUUUUCAUUGAAACCGCACUCUUGCACAGUAUAGAGGCACAAGCUGAGAGGCUAGGUGUUUUACAGAGGCGCAUGUGAAGCCAAUUUGACUGUUUAUGUAUAUUUUGUAUUAUUCAAGCACUGGAUAUGUCAUAAAUGUUUAGUGGCAUAUCGGAUCUUUCUGUCUCAGGUUAGAGGCAAUCAAAGAAAGCAGGUUCGGGCUGGUAUCUGUUAAUUACCUUGGGACAGUGGCUACGACCAAAAUAAUUCAUUUUGCAUGUGCCAGUUAAGAACUCAUACAGUGGCUUGACUGUUAUUGUCUAUGAUGGAAGACAGCAACAAGAUACACAGUAUAGAGCAGCGUUCGAGCAAUGCACGAUCUACCAGACCACGGGCUGGUUAAACAGCACACACUGGAGAGUAUCAUCCGUCACUUUCUUUAGUUAUAGCAGAUUCUGCUCAAACAAAGGAGAUUAAUAGCACACCUGUUGCAGAGAUGUGUAAAAGUGCAUUGUGCUGAGCUGUGUGUUGAAGUCUGUCCUGUCCUGUCCUUUCCUGUCCUGUCCUGUGUUUCGCAGUCAGGCGAGCGGGUUGCUUCUUUGGGUAGAUAGGUGUGUGUCUGAGGUCUUUGCCCACGCUGGCGAGUUUGGUGCAGAGCUGUACGUAUCGGUUUGGGGGUGUGCUCCAGUAAGACUGGGGAGUUGUUUGUGAUGGAAGAUGUGUGUCCUUGUAUUUUCCAAACUGUUAUUGGUUGUGCUGAUCAUCUGAGAAGCUGUGGGUGACCUGUGGAUCAUUUUGCAUUUUGAAUUUAACAAUACAAGCUUUGCUUUAUAAAAAACAUUUAUAGCAGAUGCCCUCUUGUUUGAUAUUGAUCGGUUUAACCCUUAGAGCUCAAAUACCGUCCUGUGUCAAGACCAAGUGGAAAGCUAUUAGGUAACAAAGCCUUACAUAAUGGUUGCUGGUGUUCAUUACCACAGAGCACAAUAAAUAACACGGUAAUGAUUGUGCAACAGCAGCAGACAGUAUCCAGGCUCGCAUUUUGUUCUGGGAUUUCAGUAAUCGAGAGUGUAUUAGAUUACUGUAGUGACGGUUCAUUUGUUUGGAUAAUGCAGCGAGUUUCAGAUAAUCCGCUUUUGCAUAAUCAAAAAUCUAAUUAAGCAACAUGCUAAAUGACAUCAUGUUGUGCAUUAAUGGUAGCUUCACAGUCGCUGAAAUGCUCCUCCAACCCUUACAUCAACAACAUAAUAUAAUGUCUAUUUUUAUAUAGCGCCUUUCAUAGUGGACCACCAUCACAAAGCGCUUUACAGAGGUAUGCUGUGAACUGUGCAUUAUAUGCAGAGUCAUUUACAAUAGGACAUUGAUUUAACAUCUCACCCGCAGGAUGGAGCACAAGGAGGUUAAGUGACUUGCUCAGGGUCACACACAGUGAGUUAGUCAGUGGCAGAGGUGGGAUUUGAACCGGUGACCUUCUGGUUACAAGCCCUGGACUUUAACCACUGGACCACACUGCCUUCAUGAUGAAUUGUGUUUGUUUGCUGCUGUGCACAAAGGGCUACUCCUUGUAAGUGUUGCCCUUUAUCAAGCCUGCAGUCCCACUACAACUCUCCAGUAUCUCAAUCAAUACUGAGAAGCGUUUGGUGGUAAUAGGAUCAACGAUGAUAAUAAUACUUCGCUUCUCCAAGGUGCAAUAAUUGGGUGUGCGUGGGUUAAAUGGACCGAUCACUGCAUCCAAACACACCCCUGCUGGUUUACAGUGAAUACUUGAAUAGAACAAUUCAGCCACUUCGAGGAAAGGUUAGUGCCAAGGUAUUGCUAUUGUUUCAUGAAUUCUCUUGUUCUGCUGUCCUUGUUGCUAUUGUAAGUGGUUGAGUUAUUUUUUUAUAAAUACCUGAUUUGAUUGACAAGCUGUUGUAAAGUUAUGAAUGGAACAUACACAUUUAGUCCUGUGCUGUUCUCAUUUAAAAAAAAAAAAUCAAUAAAAAUGCUUUAUCGAACAAAGCACCCUAGACAAACAGGUCAGGGUGAAAAUAAGGCUUGAGGAAAUGUAUUUGCUGUGAGGCAGCGUGUGAAAGAAUGCCAUGAGCUUCAUUUGGGUUGCCUGCAUUUCUUUCCUAAUAUACUGUUGUGUGUUUUUUUUUAAGAAUCCUGAUAUUUUCUCAGAAGAACAUGGUAUUAGAGACGUCACCCUGUGCUGUCGUUUUGUUUUUCAUUUGUAUAUAUUUUGUAAUGAAUUAUUUGAGAUGAUAAGGGUUUGUGUAUUACAUGGUGGAAGUCUGGUAUGUAAAAUGUAUUCAGUCUUCCGCUGCUUUUUGUUUGUGUGCCAGUACAGCACCCUCUUCGUGUUUAUUAUCAUUCUCUUUCUUUUUUAAUAAACUCUUAUACCUGUAAGAGGUGA